UAGCUAAAAAAAAUACACACGCACUCAUUGAAACGAGAGUGGCCGUUUCAACAUUCAACGGCCCCUUCAUCUUCCUUCAACAAUCAACAUUAACUUCUCAUCCUCCACCACCACCACCACCACCACCGCCACCACCACCACUACCACUACCACCACCACCCAGUUUCUCAGGAAAAUCAAAGAAACACGAAAACGAAAAUGGAAGAGAAUCUGGGAUAACAAAAAAAAAAUAGAACCACUAUUUAUGUGAUUUUUUCAUAUACCAUUUUUGUAAUCUUAAGAGUUUUGAUUAUUUUCAAACUUCACCUUUCAAAUUUCUUCCAAAAAAAAAUAGCAGAAGAUGCAGCACAACAUGAUCACCUCGAUUCGCAGUACGAAGGUUAUAGAUGGGUGUAAGGGGACUCAGGUCUACGCUCUCAACCCCUCCGCCGCGGUUGCUGGUGGUCCGUUUCAGGGCGGCGGCGGUGGUGGAGGAAGUGUCGGGGAGAAAUUGUUCCAUCACCUGUUUGACCUCCAGACCGGUCGAACCAAACCGGUGGGGAAUAAACCGGCCGCGUGCGACGUCGUUUUGGAGGGUCUGAUUCCCUUUGGACUUCCGUCGACGGAGCUUCUAGAACCGGCGAUCGAGCCUUGCUUGAGGCCGGUGGAUAUGGUGGAAACCCUCGCCGGCGUGCAUCGGCGGACGGAGGAGGAUUGUGGGCAGGUUGAGAAAUUCGAGGCGCUUUUGGAGCAGUGCGCGGUGUUCCGGGGCCUGCCGGAUCCUAGAUUCUUCCGGCGGAGCCUCCGGUCGGCGCGGCAGCACGCGGUGGAUGUGAAUGCCAAGGUGGUGCUGGCUUCGUGGUUGAGGUAUGAGAGGAGGGAAGAUGAGCUUGUGGGAUCAUCGUCGAUGGAUUGUCGUGGGAUAAAAUUUGAAUGCCCCAAGGCUAGUUUGGUCCCCGGGUAUGACCCUGAUUCUGUGUUUGAUUCAUGUUUGUGUUUUUGUAGAGAAAUUGUUGAUGGUGAUGAUGAUGGUGGUGGUAAUGAUCUGGAAUCUGAAUGUUCAACUUCUUAUGAAGAUGAUGAUCAUAGUGGUGAUGGCAAUGAUAUGUGUUUUUGUAUUGGUGAUAGUGAAAUUAGAUGUAGUAGAUAUUCGAUGGCCUCGCUUUCGAGACCCUUUAAGGCGAUGUUGUAUGGUGGGUUUGUUGAGUCUAGGAGGGAGAAGAUUAAUUUCUCCCAGGAUGGGGUUUCUGUUGAGGUGAUGAUGGCUGUUGAGGUUUUUAGUAGAACCAAGAGGUUGAGUCAGUUUUCCCCUAAUGUUGUCCUCGAGAUGCUUUCGUUCGCGAAUAAGUUUUGUUGUGAGGAGAUGAAGUCGGUUUGUGAUGCUCAUUUGUCUUCUUUGGUUUCGGAUAUGGAUGGUGCAGUGUUGCUGAUUGAGUAUGGACUGGAGGAGACCGCGCAUCUGCUGGUGGCGGCUUGCUUGCAGGUGUUUCUGAGAGAGCUUCCCAGUUCAAUGCACCGAUUGAGUGUUCAGAGAUUGUUUUGUAGUCCAGAGGGUAGGGAUAGGUUGGCCUUGGCAGGGCAUGCGUCCUUUCUGCUGUAUUACUUUUUGAGUCAGAUUGUGAUGGAGGAAGAGAUGAGGUCUAACACGACCGUGAUGCUUUUGGAAAGAUUGGGAGAGUGUGCGGUGAGUGGUUGGCAGAAGCAGCUUGCUUAUCACUUAUUAGGUGUUGUUAUGCUUGAGAGAAAAGAAUACAAAGAUGCAAAGCAUUGGUUUGAGGCUGCUGUUGAGGCAGGACAUGUUUACUCUUCAGUUGGUGUUGCAAGGGCCAAACAUAAGCGCAGUCACACAUAUUCAGCAUACAAGAUGAUGAACUCUCUUAUUUCUGAUUAUAGCCAAGUUGGUUGGCUGUAUCAGGAAAGGUCUUUGUACUGUACUGGGAAGGAGAAAAUGAUGGACUUGGUCUCUGCAACUGAACUAGAUCCAACCCUUUCUUUUCCAUACAAAUACCGGGCUGUUUCUUUGCUGGAGGAGAACAACAUUGUAGCUUCCAUUGCCGAAAUCAAUAAAAUAAUUGGCUUCAAGGUUUCUCCAGACUGCCUUGAAUUGAGAGCUUGGUUCUUGAUUGCCAUGAAGGAUUAUGAAGGAGCCCUCAGGGAUGUCAGGGCAAUUUUGACAUUAGAUCCAAAUUAUAUCAUGUUUUAUGGGAAUAUGCAUAGUGAUCACUUGGUUGAAAUCCUCCGCCCAGUUGCUCAGCAUUGGACUCAGGCUGAUUGCUGGAUGCAAUUGUAUGAUAGAUGGUCUUCUGUUGAUGAUAUUGGUUCUUUGGCUGUUGUGCACCAGAUGUUAGAAAAUAACCCAGGGAAAAGUAUUUUACGGUUUCGGCAAUCUCUCCUUCUUUUACGGUUAAAUUCUCAAAAGGCAGCCAUGCGUUGUUUGCGUCUGGCUAGAAACCAUUCUUCUUCCGCACAUGAAAGGCUUGUCUAUGAAGGAUGGAUAUUGUAUGACACUGGACAUCGUGAAGAAGCGAUAGCAAAGGCUGAGGAGUCCAUUUCCAUUCAAAGGUCAUUUGAAGCUUUCUUUCUCAAAGCUUAUGCAUUAGCUGACUCAAGUCUUGAUUCACAGUCUUCAAAGAAUGUGAUCGAACUCUUGGAGGAUGCUCUUAGAUGCCCUUCUGAUGGUCUUCGAAAGGGACAAGCACUGAAUAAUUUAGGGAGUGUAUAUGUAGAUAGUGAAAAGCUGGACCUUGCUGCUGACUGCUACAAGCAUGCCCUAAAUAUCAAGCAUACACGAGCACAUCAAGGAUUGGCACGUGUAUAUCAUCUAAAAAAUCAGCACAAAGCUGCAUAUGAUGAGAUGACAAAGCUAAUAGCAAAGGCCCAGAAUAGUGCAUCAGCUUAUGAGAAGCGCUCAGAAUAUUGUGAUCGUGACAUGGCAAAGAAAGAUCUUUGUUUGGCAACACAAUUGGAUCCUCUAAGGACUUAUCCUUACAGAUAUAGGGCAGCAGCACUGUUCAGAUAUGCUGGGUUCUCGAACCACAUGGUCAAUUGAAGAGAUAAUACGAUUGGGAGAAUCUAAAUUUUGAGGAAACCUUAUCCUUGGGAUUAUGUUUAAUGAUUACGACAUCCUUAUCAGGGGUUCCUCUCUUCCCUCGAAAACUUACAACUUUCAAGGCAAUCUUUGAUCUUUCGCUAUCCCUACGUACUGACCUCUUUCCUGCUAACUACUGGACUAUACACUCCAGCUUAAAUUAAUCAGCCGAUAAGUUUCUUGCACUCAACUUUGGCCAUAUUGUUUGUUUAGUUCAUGUUAGCACAUAUAUUGUUUGUAUUGUUUACAUCUUUUGCCGUACUUUCAUCAUCCUCGUUCUUCCUCAGUAUACAUCUUUAUAGGUUAUUUAGUAUUUUUUAAAUCUCACCAGUAACAUCACAGGUAGGUAUUUCAGUUUCCUUAAAAUAUUAGUAAUUUCUCUUUAUUGGGAAGAUUCAUUUUAAUUUAAAAUUAUAAUGCUUGAUCAAAAUGAUUCUGUCCAUCUGUGUUUAUACGCACCCUGACUCCACUAGUUUAAGUUGGCAGCGGAUUUGAUUGGAUUAAUGCAUUAAGGGAAACUUUGAUGUUUGAUCCAUGAUCCUUAUCUGAACUUGCACUAGUAAUUUUUUCAGUUCCUCGAAUCAUCGUACUGCGUAAAAGAUUAUGGAAAUAUGAUGUCAAUCUUGCGCAGUUAUUCACUAUAAAAUGAGCUUUAGACACUGCCUUUAGUGUUGAAGGAAUAUGAUAGCAGUUCUGAAAUUGUGUUGGUAGCCUACCUAUCAAAUUAUACAUUUUUGAAGUGUUAUGCUCAUUUUGGGCAUCUUGUCACCAGCGCUCAUUUAUGAUGCGAGAGAGGAAAUGAACCUUUUUGAGUUUGAGCCUUUCUUGUUUGAUGUCUUAAUUUCAUAGUGCCUCAUCUUUUAUGUAUGCUUUUGUUUUGAUAUUUCGCCAUAGUUCAUGCAGAAAUACCGUGUUUCCCAUAAGCAUUGUGACAGAGUAACAUGAUCAUUAUUUAGUCUUCAACCCUUGAAACCUGUUUAUGAAUUAUGUCUUAGACUCUUGGUACACCAAACUUAUAAAGUUCUGAUGUGGUCUCUU